AACACAAUAAAGCAACAGAGGUAGAAGGUGCUUAGUGUUUUCCAAAUACCCCAACAGAUACUCUAUAAUAUAACUAUGAAUAUUACCUACAAGAAGCCACUUAUACAGAUAUGGAAAUGGAAGGAGUAAGAUUAUUAGGUCGACAUCAGUUCCACUUGUAUGGUGGGUCAAAUACUCCUCUCCAACCAUUAUGCUUUUUUUUUUUUUACAACAAAAAUCCCACCUCCAACCAACUUGCAGGAUUCUGGAGAAAGAAAAAAGGAAACCAAAAAGAACCCAAAUUCAUGAUUGUUCCGUAUAAAGUGGUACUAACUCGUAUUUCUUAAUUUUUUAUUACUACUCAAAGAGGGUAUGUGUAAAACCCAACCAUAAUGUUCCAUUUAGCUGUGUCUGUGUGGUAUAAAUACAUAUAAGCACGCACUUGCAAGUUGCAAGCCUCAGCUUUGCGGGAAAAAUAAGCAAAGUCCAGAGUCGUUUAGAAAAAGAACAGUAGAGAAAAUGGAGAAGGCAAAGGGGAAGGUGAAGAAAGGGUGGCUUGCAGUGGAGGUAGGAUUAGAAGAGGAGGAUGAACAACAUGGUUUUCAGCGAUUUGUGAUUCCUAUAUCUUACCUUUACCAUCCACUUUUCAAGCAGCUGUUGGACAAGGCUUAUGAGGUCUACGGCUACCACACCAAGGGACCUUUGAAGCUGCCAUGUUCCGUCGAUGAUUUUCUUAAUCUCAAGUGGCAAAUAGAGAAAGAGUCCAACCAUCACCACCACCAUCACCAUCACCAUCAUCUUCCUCUUACUUUACCCUUCCACUCUUGUUGAAAUAUUUCAUCAUCAAAACAAACACAUACUGAUACACUUACGCUUUGAUUUUCUGCUUCUUGUAAAUUAAUUAGAUAUGCCAAGGGCUGUCCUCUCUCUUCUUCUUUUUUUUUUUUUUUUGGGUAUAAAAUGAGGCUUCUUUUUGGGGUUUGUGAAA